AAUGGCGUUCACCUGUCACUUUUCCUUGUAAUUAUUUACCUGCUGUCAUUUUUCGUGCACCAAAAUAUUAAAUGUUUACCGAUGCAAUAAAAAUGCACCUCCGUUAUCAAUGUAACUAAGAUAAGAUAACCGUCGAGAUGGGUUUCGAGUCGGAUUCCCCGAUCCACACAGUUUGGAAGAGUGACCACAUGGAGGCGUGUUGCAACUACUUGUACCCUCCGUCUUUCGAUUUCUUGCGCUUGUACCGUAUGCAGCUGGCUGCUCCCGUCCCUAUUCCCAUAAUCAGUGACGAGGUGCCUCCCGAUUUGCCCAGUUUUUUGGGCCGCGACUACCACGGGGCUAUCACGCACAUCCAGGCCCAGAAUCUCCUCAGCCCCCAUGAAAAUGGGGCUUAUUUGGUGCGCAGCAGUCGCUCGGCCAACGGCCAGUUUCACACCUUGAGUCUCAAAUUUAACGAUAAAAUUCAUCAUUACAAACUUUUCUAUGACCCAAAUUCGGGGCUUUAUGUUAGGGAAAAACGCUAUGACUGUGUCAGGUCGUUAGUGGCUGAUGGCUUAGUCACAAUGUAUCUCGAACUUAAGGCACCUUUAAUUUUGCAAAGACUUGCCACCGCUAAUUAUCAAGAGAGUCCUUACAUGACGUUAAAUAAGCGCAAGUUGAGGGCUUUAAGCAAAGAACAUGCCAAAAAUAAAAAUUACGUGAAAGAUUCAAACAUUCCGCCAAAUAUUCCAUUAAGUCAGCAGAUAUUAGGGCCCAAUUUUCCAGAGAAAUAUGAAAAACAACACGCGUUUAAAUUGACAACGUUUAAGGGGCUUAAUUGGUGUGAAUUGUGUGGGAAUUUUUUGUGGGGCUUUACGUUUCAAGGAAAGAAAUGUGAUGAUUGUGGAAUGAUAGCUCAUGUUCGCUGUUCUGAGAAAUUCCCCAACGAUUGUGUCCCCGACUUGAAAUAUCUUCGUGGAGUGUUUGGUAUUGAACUGACCACACUUUUAACAGCCCACAAUGCCAAAUUACCAUUUGUGGUAACGAAAUGUGUGGCUGAAGUUGAAGCUAGAGGACUUACAACGGAGGGAAUUUAUCGUUUGAGUGGUUUUGCUGAAGAAAUUGAAGCGAUUAAAAUGGCUUUCGAUAAAGAUGGCGAUAAAGCCGAUUUAAGUCAGGAAAAAUACCCAAAUGUUAAUGUAAUAACAGGGGCGUUAAAAUCAUAUCUUAGACUUUUACCAAUUCCGCUUAUUACAUUUAUCGUUCAUCCACUUCUCAUUGACGCCAUGCAACAUAAAAAUCACGAUUUGAAAAUGUCGUCAGUUAAGCACGCCCUUAAAUCAUUGCCGAAAGCACAUUAUGAUACUUUGAAAUACAUGAUUGAGCAUUUACACAGGGUGUCUUUACAUUCGGCAAUAAAUAAAAUGAAUUCUCACAACUUGGCAACUGUUUUUGCCCCAACUCUGAUUGGACCAAGCGAAUCUGCAAGCGACGUAAUGCCUGAUAUGACAAGUGAUAUUUUAUUAAUUGAAACUCUCAUCACACAUUGUGAACGUAUUUUUAAAAAUUAGCGACUAAAAGACAACAAUGCUCUCUGGUUUAAAAAUUUUUCGUUGUGUUUUCGGUGCAAAAUCAAUUGUGAUUAUUUUUGUGAUAUACAAGGCAAUAUUAAGUAUUAUCGGUAAGGUACUAGUGUUUCUACCAUUUGUAAUCUCACGUACUCUAUUAUUUUUACAAUACACAUACAAUUGUAUUAAAACUUUUUGAAAUAAAUUUUUUUCAAUCAG